AACCUUUUUUGGGGGUUGACCUAGGCGAACGUUGCAGAGGACACACGGGACGGACGCUGUUAUAAUUUUCCAAGAUGCCGAGGAAAAUUGAUCAAUCUACUUUGGAUGAAGGUAGGACUGAAAGUUUUAUCUAUUUCUGAAAUGUUGAUGAUGUAAAAUACUUUAAUUGUAAGAGGAACUAAAUGCACUAAUCAGUUUUGAGGAGGGAACGUUCUCCUGAAUGAAACAACCUAGCACCAUUUUUUUGUUUUUUUCUUUUGUUUUGUAAAUGUCCUUAAACAGCAUUAACUCACAUUAUCAUUAAAAGUCCUACUUUAUGCAACAUUAUUUAGGUGACCUACAAAGUUGAAAACUUGAGUCACUUGCUUUGGCCCCUUUCCAACCACAAAACAUGGCAUCCUUGUAACCGAAGCUGUUAUCACUGACUCUGCUUUUGUUUCCACUGGAUUCUACCUGACAUUCAAGCUCAGGAGUUGGUGCUAAAUUUCAGUUUUUAUUAAGAGAUUAUUAGUAUCAUCCAGGUAAGCCUAUAUUUAUGUUCAUCUUAGCAAUCAGCUUUAUAAGUUUAUAAAGGUUUUAUUUUCAUCUCUAUCUUUUGCUUGUUUUUUCCUUUAAAGCUUGUAUCUGGCCAAAAAGUUAUAAAGCAGUAUGAAAAGUAUAAAGUAAAAUAAAAAGUUGACCUAAGUUUAUUACCUUAAGUACACAAGAUUAUGAUUUGUGGGAACAAGAAAAAUAGUUUUUGCACAAGAUAACUACAGUAUAUUAGGUGCACAAGAAAGCCUAAUUAUCUUGUUGGGACGUGUAUAAUGAUCUUGUUGUGACUUGUGUGCAUUGUGUUAUGUGCUAGAGAUUUUUUUCCCCUCUGUAUAUGUUUGUGGACAUAAUAUUCAUAAAAAUAAAAAAAUAAAAACUUUUUUGGACUUCAGGGACUUUAAAAUGUUAGAAUAUCUUAUAAAUUUUUAAUAUAAAGAACUGGAUGAUCGUUUAAAAUGUACAGAAUUUUAGAAAAGGAAAGCACUUUCUAUGAAAAACAAAGAUAAAACAGGCUAAUAUCUGACAGUCAAAGACUUUAAUCAUUUCCUUCCUACAUGUAAUAUCAAUUUUCCCACUUUUGUAAAAAUGACCUUAUCGUAUUCAUACUAAUCUGUAAGCUAGUGCUGCUGGUGCUGUUAGCUAAAUGCUAACAUUAGGCUAACGAUGGAAAUGCUUACUCGCUGAAAGUCAAAGCAAGCUUUAGUUGUAUUUUCCGAGGCAUCAAAAUCUGAGGCAUUUUCCGAGGCAUCAAAUAAUGACAACAUCUGAAUGAUAAAGUCGUUAUUUUCAUGUUUCCAAACUCACUGGAGCUUGUUAGCAUGCUAGCUUUACCCUUUAGCACCAAAUAUAAAAUGCACAAUUCGCUAAACAGGACUAAAUGGGUUAAUGGGCCUGUGAGGAGUGAAAUUGUUGACUUAAUAACUGUUCUAAAAAACUUGAUAUGAAUUAUAGAACAUUUCAGUAAGUUUUAUUAUAUUGUAUAACUCUUUGGUGUGCACUUAAAUACAACAUUCAUGCUAACUUACAGACUAAUCUUGGCUAACAGUUUGAUAGAGGGGUUAAUUAGGACAGACGACAGUCAGUAUUUGAAGUAAUGUGAUCUGUGGCUGUGUAGUUUAAUGUGUGUUUGUUUCCUCAGUGGGGAUAGAGGUGGACGGGGAUUUGAGUGACAGUGACGGUAAGUAGAGAAACAUAGCUGAGAAUCUGAUCUAGGACUCAAGAUUGAAAAUGUGAUUUGUAUUGUGUAUCUAAUCUGGUUUUACUGUAGAUGGUGGUGCGCAGAAGAGACCAAACAGAAGGCAGGCAGGUGGCAGAGGAGCAGCAAGAGGAAGAGGCCGGGGUAAAAAGCCAGCCAGCGAGGAUGAAGAUGAGGAUGAAGAGGAUGAAGAUGAUGCUCCCAGAAGACGGCGGGGUGCAAACAAUAAAAAGCCCACAAAGAAACGUGGCGGGGGUGAUGAUGAGGAUGAGAGUGAGGAUGAUGCGCCCAAGAGGAAGCGAGGAGGGGCAGCCAAUAAGAAGAGAGGAGGAAAAGCUCAGGAUAGUGAUGACGAGGACAGUGGGAAUGAAAAGGGAAAAAAAGGGAGGAAAGGUGGAGGAAAGAAGGGAGGGAAGGAGGAGGAGGACAGUAAGGGUAAAAAGGGGGAUGCCAAAGGAAAGGACAAGGGGAAAGACAAAGACGAUGACAAAGACAAGGAUAAGAAGAAGAAGAAGAAGAAGGGUGACAGGUAGGCCAAAGACAGAAGCACCAAUCAAACCUAGUGACUAAACAUACAUUUAGUACAGGUAACUCUCUGGAGAACAUGACAAACAUGAGCAAAAUUCAUCCAGAUUGACUCACUAGUUUUCAAUCAACGUUUGAGUCUUCCUCAUGAAUUUCAUUUAAUGCAACAAUUAAAAAAGUUGACAAUCUGACCAUUAAUAAAGCUAAAUAUUCCCAUUUUUCAUGCUGUACCUUUAUGAACUCCCAUUAAAGGGAUAUUCUGGCGUAUAAUUAAUUUAGGGUCAAACAAACCGUAACACCGAGUCAGAUUAAGUUAGGUGCUGUUCUGAGCAUUAUUUGUGGCUAUAGAGUGGUGUUUUGGUUGAGAUUUGUGUAUGGCUCCUCAGACCGCUGUGUAUUUAUAUCCUGCGGUCAUUACAAAAGUUGUCAUAACUAGAGAAGCAAGCGGUCAGUGACAUUCAUCUCUCGAGGGGGUGUCUAACUCUGUGUUACGGUGUGUUUGACCUUAAAUUAAUUUUACACUGGAAUGUCCCUUUAAAGCUUUAUUGUGCUCAAGCAAAGUUAUCCAUGCUACAGUGCGUCAGGGUCAGUGUAUAGUGAUACUGUAUGUCAACCAGAAUCUUGAGAGGGUGAGUAGGACCAAGUCACCCUGUAGUGAUUAGAAACUUACAGAUACACUCAUCAGCUCGCUGCUGUGGCCUAAAUUCAAAACAAGGUCAGAUAUGUACAUCCAUAAUCUUCCAUGUUACCUGAGACACUACACUGUUAAUGGAAACUCAAGUUUUUGCCAAAGUGUCAGUAGGAAGAGACAAAUGUUGUCCCUGGCAUCUGGGUGAUUAAAUAGGCUGGUUUGAUGGUCCAAAUUUAGAUCUGCGUUUUAUUAGUGAGCAUGUAAAUUGGCUUGUACAUGCUCUGUUGUGUUUUUGCUGUUUAAUUUGAACAAGUUCUGGUCAGAAGCAGUUCAAAAAACACAUUUUCAGUUGAUUUUACUUCUCUUUGCUCUGAAUGAUCUUGCAGCCCACAUGCUUUGUUUUGUAAUCUACUUCCUCAGCACCUCUCUGCCCUGUGGGUUGAUAUUCAUGAUGGAGUCCAUCUCUUUCAGGAGAUAUCCAUUAUUUGAUCUCUGUCCUCAUUUUCCUCUCCUCCCUCAGUUCCUCUGAUUCAAACUCGAACUCUGAUGAGGAGGAGGAGUCCAUGUCAGAGGGAGAGAUGGCUCAGCUGAUGGAGGAGGUGGAGGAGAAGAAGAAACUGAUCGCCAUCAUCAGGAACAAACCGUGGAGGAUGAAGAGGAGGCUCGUCCUCUUAAGGUAACCUCUGAAACCUUUUCCGGUUUCUGCUCUAAGAUAAUAAUUCUUCACCUCAACCAAGAAUCAGAGAGCCUUUCCAAACUUUGAGAAAUCACAUGCAAUUAUUACACAUUUUCGGUCAGUGUGUUGAAUAUUUUUGGCCUUUUAUCUUCUUUACUAAAGGGGAAAUAUUUGCAUCAUGGAAAACUAGAUCAACAUAAGUUUUUUAGGAAGUUGAUAAUUUGAGAAAGAGGAAUAUGGUAAAUGCUGAUCCAUCUGCUAAUUUGGGGUUGACUUUUUGGCCUUUUAUUUUGAGCUGUGAUUGUGAAACUUGCACGUGCAGGUGUUAAAUUUUUGGAAUUGUGACCAUCCCAAGUUUUAAAAUGUAACACAGAGCAAAGACCUGAUUUCAUUUCUUUUUUUUUUUCAUCAAGUAAUAAACAAAACACAAACUUACCUGUCUGACAUGUAGAUUUUUUGUUGUUGUUCCACAGAGAGGCUCAGCAGUUUGUGGAUAAAUUUGAAGGAGCUUUGGGCAAAGGAAAAGGCAGAAAGUGGUAUGCCUACAAAGUCAUGAUGACAAAGGUAGAGCCCAAAGUAAAAAUUUUCCUCCCUCUUCGUAUUUGCAUGUGGAAUUUCUUCUUACAAUCUUUUUUUAAACCCCAGAAAUGGAUCAAGUUCCAGAGGGACUUUGAGAACUUCAGAACAGCCUGUAUCCCUUGGGAGAGGAAGAUCAAAGAGGUGGAGAGUAAGUUUGGUGUGAAGCACAGCUGAACAGCUCCUCUCAGUGGACAGAUGCUGGAAGGUGUUCUUAAACCUUCUUAAAUGCCCUCAGGUCACUUUGGAUCAUCUGUGGCGUCAUACUUCAUCUUCCUACGCUGGAUGUACGGCAUGAACCUGGUCCUGUUCGGUUUCACUUUUGGACUGGUGGUGAUACCUGAGGUGAAAUGCUUCAGUUGUACACACAUCCAACAUUAAAAACAAUUAAACGAGGCAUUAGGUACUGUAUUUGUAUAUUUCACUUGAAUCAUUUCAAGAAUGGCAGUCAAAUGAUAAAUAAGUCAAUAUCAGUUUUGUUCAUACUCAUUUUUAUAAACUUCACCAGGUUCUGAUGGGCCUGCCAUAUGGAUCUAUUCCCAGGAAGACUGUACCCAGACCGGAGCAGCCCACCGCCCAGGACUACUCUGUGCUCAUGGACUUCAAUGUAAGUCUAAUAAAUGUGUACCCUUAUCAGAUCUAAUUGAAUAUACUCCUAUUUUAGUGCCCAAGUUAUUUCCAAGAACAAUCAUAACCAAGCUAAGACACACACAAGGCACUGAUCUAGGAAUAUUGUAUGUGACACAGACAAAUACAAUGAUUACCUUGAAUAAAAAAUAAGAAAAAUAAAAAUGUUUGAAAAAAUAUUAUAUAAAAUAUUAUACAGUGGACAACAGAUAAGAACACAACAGCAAAAAAAUUUCAAAAAUCUGGAGGCAGAGUACAGUUAAUCUUCGUGUUUAGGGUGCAGCAGAUUUUGGACAUACAGUGUCUGAUAAGCAGUAAGACAGAUGUUGACUGUGUGCAUCUGUGUGAGUUUCAAACUGGCUGAAAGCCAAAGAUAAAUAAUUGAUCAGGCUGCAGAAAGUUAGCCUCCCUAUGCAGACAUGUUGCUGUGUUUCCUGUGCUGCUGUAAAUGAACCUGUGUAGCAGAUGCUUACAUUUAUCCGAGCCAACAAAAAAAUGCAGGAAACUGAUGAAACAUUUUUUAAUUCAUAUGAGAUCAUUAAAAAGUAAAUACCUUUGUGUUUUGUCAUGAUAAUGGAUGAAAUAUGCAGUUGUAAGUAACUGAGAACUCCAAUUCUUUUAGAAGUCAUGACUCUCCCCUCCUCUCUUUCAUUAUCAUGACCUCCCACUUUGGGAACCACUGGGCUAGUACAAAUAGUGCAAAAAUGAAAGGAGGGCAGUCUAGAUAGCUUAUGAAAUUACACAGUCAUGACUGAUAGACAUGUGUAGGAAUGUGAUCCAGUUUAAGCAUCAAACCUUACAGAUCAUACAAGAUUAACAGGAUUACAUCUAAACAACUGAUUUGGGAAUGGUUAGCAGACUUUUGAAGUUUAUCAUUUCACUUUGUCCAAGAUUUCUAACAAACAUCACAUUUGGCAUCAUACAGGAAACAUUAAUAUUUUCAUAUUUUCAUCAAAAUCAAAUUACACAAAAUAUGUUUUCACUGUAAAUACUUUUAAAACUGUCAACUUCAACAGUCAGAAGGCUGAAAUUAGUUCUUAACAAUGCAACUCGUUUUUUUUUUUGUAUCAAGUCAAACCAAACUGUAAUUGCUUCAUGUAACAAAAUCCUCAUGUUUUGCUUAGAAAAAAAUAGAAAAUAAUGACUUCACUCCUUUUCCCCCCAGGGAUAUUGCAAAUAUUCAGUCCUGUUCUAUGGAUAUUACAACGACCAGAGGACCAUCGGCCUUCUGAAGUUCAGGCUACCUCUGUCCUACCUCAUGGUCGGGAUCGGCACCUUUGGCUACAGUCUGAUGGUUGUCAUUCGCACGUGAGUCUGCAGCAGGUUCCCUUUGUGAUGGUCGUUUUUUUGUCAGUUUACAGUUUUCUGAAAGUUCUCCCAGUAUCUUUGUAAUUCAAGCCUUAGAAAACUCAUUUUGAGGGAAAUCCUGAUCCAUUUGAUUCAGUUUAAACAAAUGACUAGUCAUGGAACUUGAAGAGGUUUAGAUAUAACAGCAUGUCAUUAUGUGAAAUAUCUUGUCAUCUAUACCAAACAAUGAAAUCGAUUUGAACCAUCUCUGGCUGUUGUGUUCACCUCUACUCUAAUUUUCCAGAAUGGCAAAAAAUGCUGAUGUGGGUGGUGGAGACGGGGAGGAGGGAGAAUUCACAUUUGCCUGGAAGAUGUUCACCAGCUGGGAUUACCUCAUAGGAAACGCAGAGACCGCUGACAACAAAUACGCCUCCAUCACCACCAGCUUUAAGGUAACCAUGGUGACCAUUUUAAUCUGUAAAUGUUAGGGCAGAGGACGACCUCCACUAACUCUAAAUCCUUCAUGUUCCUAUUUUGACAAGAACAGGAGUCCAUCGUGGAUGAGCAGGAGAACCAGAAGGAUGAGAACAUCCACCUGAGGAGGUUCCUCAGAGUCCUGGCUAACUUCCUCAUCACCUGCAGCCUCGGUGGAAGUGGAUACCUCAUCUACUUUGUGGUGAAGAGAUCCCAGGAGUUUGCCACCAGGGAUGACCUCAGCUGGUAUGAGAAGAAUGAGGUAAUGAUGGUCAAAUGUUUGAGAGUAAAUUACUACAAUUGAUCCCCCUGUGGCUUCUGCUCUCAUUGCUGGAGUUUUUGUAACAGGCCAGUUCAUUGUCAACAGUAACACAAUAAGAAAAAGAUUUAUUUUCUCUUAAAUCAUGGGGAUUACAGAUCCUCGUUGUGUCUUCAAAAGGAACAUGAGUUAUGUCAUUUUCAUGACAGCUGGAGAUCAUCAUGUCUCUUCUGGGUCUGGUGUGUCCCCCUCUGUUUGAGACCAUUGCUGAGCUGGAGGACUAUCACCCUCGAAUUGCCCUGAAGUGGCAGCUCGGACGCAUUUUCGCCCUCUUUCUUGGAAACCUCUACACCUUUCUGUUUGCCCUGUUUGAUGAGGUUAACACAAAGGUACGGCGGUUUGACCGUUUUAAGACUUUUCAAAAUUGUGGUUGAAGGUAAUCGACUGAAAACCUUUUGGUGUUGAUGUUUUGGAUUGUAAUGAACAUUUUGGUUUACACUUUAUUAUGAGAUUUUUUAUUAUGUAACUGAUGUCUUCUUUUUUUUUUUUUUGGUACCUCUUAGCUACUUGAAGAAGAAGGCAUCAAGAACGCCUCCAUCUGGGCCUUGAAGGAGUAUUACGCCAACUACUCAAUGAUGAUGAAUGACUCAGAAGCAACUCCGCCCCCCAUGGACCCCUCUGAUGUAAUCAGAGGACCCUGCUGGGAGACCGCUGUUGGCAUAGUAAUAACCCUGAAACUUGAUCCAUGGUUUAAUUAGACAUCAAACAUAAUCUCUGAAUGAUUAACAUCACAAAAUUUCCCUGCUGAUGUGUGUCACAUUUGAUACUCAUUACACUUUUUAUGAUUUAAUUAUUAGUUUAAUUCAACAAAAAUUAUUCAAUACACCUAUUUAUUAUGAUUUUGUUUCUGCCUUUUUCUAUUUUUGUAUUUCUUCACAGUUGAAAGCACAUUUGAUCUUAAAAUGAACAAAAUUAGUUUGGAAAGCAACAUGAACAAAGCUGUAAUAAAAAUGUUCUUUUCAGCUUUACUUUAACCAAUUCUUUUAAAGACUUCUGCUUUUCUUUGAAAUGUUAUGGCUGAUUUAGAAUAACAAAGCUUAAGAAUGUAUUAUUUUCUAAAAAUGUCUGCAUGUGUUUCGUUCCAGGAGUUUGUAAAGCUUACAGUGUCAGACAUCCAGGUGACCUACCUGACCAUCCUGAUCGGAGACUUCGCCCGAGCCGUUAUUGUUCGCUUCCUCAACUACUGCUGGUGCUGGGACCUGGAGGCGGGAUUUGUGAGUCCACCCAAAGCACCACAGGACUCAGUCUUAAUUUAAAUAACUUCUUAAUAAUAAUAAUAAUUCAUUUUAUUUGUACAGCGCUUUUAAAAACACUCAAAGACGCUUUACAUAGAACGUAAAACCCAAGAUAAUAAAACAGAGACAUGAAAACAGUAAAAUAAAACAGUUACAUAUUAAAAGCAAUUUUAAAUAAGUGAGUUUUUAAAAGGGAUUUGAAGGUAGUGGGGUCAGGGCAGUGUCUGAUGGGCAUGGUUGCAAAAAAGUUAGUAGCCUAGAACAGCUCCACUUGUUCAUCUGCAUUGUGAGACAAAUUAAACCCUUUACAGCAGACUUUUUGACUUGUAGAAGUAAAGGCGCAGUUUUUACUCUUACAUUAGAAACGACUCGAAUCUUUUGGCUGAUGGCAAAUCCAAUUAAAUGUCAAAUGGCGUGUAUUUGCUGCACCCUGUAUAGAUUUUACAGUCUCCCUUCUCUUUAAAGUCUCCACGAGAGCAGCUGGUACUCUGUUCUUUGUUUUGCUCUGGGGUGUAAAAGGACUUAUACCCAGAAGAAUAACUCAAGACAGGGUUUCCAUAAAAUUUGAUUAUCUUACAGAUGUUCACGUCAUCCCUUAGGUUCUGAAUCCGACAUAUGUAACUGCACACAAUCACUAAGUCAAAAAGCUAUUGUUAAAAGAGCGUUAACAGAUUAAAUCCUUUGUUUUUACUAGUUAUAAAGACAACUGAAGGCAUUCCUGUCAGCUUCUGGUGUGCUUUGUGUUUAUGGCUUAUAACUGCAAGUUACUGACUGCAAGUUAUCCUUUCUGUUUGCACUUUCAGCCGUCAUAUGGAGAGUUUGACAUCAGCGGUAAUGUGCUGGGUUUGGUCUUCAAUCAAGGGAUGAUCUGGUACAAACUUUACUUUUGUCCUUGCAUACUCCACUUGUGUGCAGGUGCUUGCUCUUUAAGUGUGUGUGUUUAUUAGCAUGGGUUUGUAUUUCUGCAUGUCUCCAUAGUCACUGAGGGCAUAUGUAGUAUCAAUAUCAUUGAUACCAGGAGUGUCAAGGUUCAAGUUGCAAAGGAGCCUCUGUCUGUGCAUUAUCAACCACAGAGAAACCCUAACCCUCAAUUACAUAAUUAAUAUCUACCAAAAUCAAUGGUAUUCACAUAUGGUAUCCAUUUUGAGCAUCAUUACGCCUCACAUCUGAAACCUUACUUAUAAAAUCAGCAUUAGACUCUUGUUCUGUAUAUGUCUUUCUCUUUCUCCUCUAUUUUUGGGGGGUUUAUUUGGUUGGUUUGGCUCAUAACUUGGUUGAUAUUUGGGCACUGUCCAUCCAAGUUUUGUUGAAAUUUCAGUAGGAUUUGCAGCAUUUCAAGAGGGUUUUUUAAGAUAUAUAAAACACUUUGUUGUAUCUCAUGUGUCUUCAUACUCUGGUGUGUUUCAGGAUGGGCGCAUUCUUCGCUCCCGGGCUGGUCGGCAUCAAUGUUCUCCGCCUCCUCAGCUCCAUGUACUAUCAGUGCUGGGCUGUGAUGGCCACCAACGUCCCCCAUGAGAGAGUCUUCAAGGCUUCCAAGUCCAACAACUUCUACAUGGGCCUGCUGCUCCUCAUCCUCUUCCUCAGUCUGCUUCCUGUUGUCUACACCAUCAUGACGCUGCCGCCUUCAUUCGACUGCGGGCCCUUCAGGUAACACUCAGAUAUUUACCAUAUGAAGCCACACACACACACACAUACUGACUGUGCUGAUAUUUGCAGUGGGAAGACAAAGAUGUUUGACGUGAUCAUGGAGACGAUAGAUCUGGACCUGCCCGCCUUCAUGGGGACUCUGUUCAGCUACGCAGCCAACCCUGGUCUCAUCAUACCGGCUGUGCUGCUCAUGGUGUGAGUGAGGAAGAGACACAUGUGCAUAUAAACACACGGCCAUACCAUGUUUACUGGUGGAAUAAAUACUCACAUGAUCAAAUCCCUGGAUACAGACACACAACCACUCACAGAGAUCUAAGUGAAAACAUCCACCUGCUGGAGCUGACACUGUGGUGUCACAACACUGAGCGUUUUGUCUUACAGCCAGCGGAAAACUUGUUCUCUCUUUUCAGACUGGCCAUCUACUAUCUGAACUCGGUGUCUGAGGCCUACCAGAACUCCAACAUGGAGCUGAAGAAGAAGAUGCAGAUGGUAAGAUGAAAGAGGAGCUAAAGAUAGUGUUGAAAGGUAGACUCAAGCAAAGCUAGUUUUACUCUUCUCAUGGCAUUUAUUGUCACUUAGAGAGACUUGAGUCAGAUUUGCUCCUCAGUGACUUGACACUUGACUUGGAUUUGCAAAAAGUGACUGUUGAUCAAAAUUAAAGUCAUGAUUUGUGGGAUUAGAGCCGUGGUGAUUUUGAAAAUAAAUGUGUAAAUUGUAAUUUUAAGAAAAGAGUCAUAGAUUUGUUGGAUUAAAGCCCUGGAUUUAUCGGAAUUAAGGGUAAAUCCAGAAUCGAGGUAAAACGUCAUUUUAUUAGAAGAUAGUCAUGAUAUCAGAAUAAUCUCCUCUAGAUUCACGGAUUAAAGCUGUGAAUUAAAAUAAAGUCAUGAGUUUAUGAGAUAAAAGACUGGGAAUAAACUUGUACAUUUAUAAGAAUGCUCAUUUCAAAAAAGCUUUUUAUGAGAGUAAAGCAGUAAAUUUACAAAAAAUGACAUUAUCUUAUAGGAAUUAAGUCUUAUUUUUUUGAGAACACUGUUGUAAUCACAGGAUAUGGUCAAUCUACAGUAUGUUCAGGCUCAAAUAACUUAAAGGAGGAUGUCAGAAAAGCAGUCAGCCGUCUGUAUUAAAUGAGAAAUCCUGAUCGGCUCAUGAGGUCGAACUCCACAGCUGGAGGACAGACAGUUGAUGUAAAGCUGUCUGCUCAAAACAGACUCACUUUCUUCCACUGUUGAUUCAGAUUCAAGAUACUUUCAGCAGGGUAGUGCUGAUGUGCUAAAAGAUGAAUUUUUUUUAAUGAAACGUGUCUCAGUUAACUUCCUCAAAAGAUAAUCCAAAGUGCUCAUUUUAGUUCAGGCGACUAAGCACUGGUUCUCUCCCUCCAAACAAAAUAUCAGCCAGCUAAAGCCUAAAAACAUGACUUAUUUUUAAUAAAUCUACAGCUUUAACUUCCUAAUUCCUUCUUUCUUAAUAACUGGAAUUAUUUUCCAUCAUCUCUGUGUCUCCCUCUGUGCCUGUCUCUCCAGGCACGAGAUGAAGAGAAAAACCGCAGGAACAACACAGACAGCACCAAUCAGGUCAUGAAAGACCUGGAGGACCUGCUGCCGAAUCGAUCCCUUGCACCUCCUGCUCCACCUGAGCCUGGUCAGUGACCUCGCAGAUAUAUGAAACAGAGAAAUAUUGCUCAUCAAGUAUGAGUUAGACACUAAAAACUAUGAUGCAUCCCUUAAGUUUAUACCCUCAGGUCUGUGACUCGAUCUCUCUCCAAACAGAAAAGAAACCAGAGCCAGAGGCAAAGCCAACAAAGACCAAACCUGGAGCAGCAGGUAAAGGUGUAAACCUGCAGAAGGACGUUGCUCUGGCGACACCGAACCCCAAUGCUCGAGGACCAGUGAGGCAGCCCCCCGGCCCAAGAGGACCUGGCCCUGGUCCUGGCCCAGGACAAGGCCGGGGCCGAGGCAGAGGGCCUCCUCCAAGAUAACAGA